CAGGACCAGAAUUGGUUACAACCCUAUGUUUUUAUGCAGGCAGGGAGGCCUCCAGCCAAACUGGAAUUCUGUUGGCCAUUUAAUUCUGAUGCUACUUUCAAAUAUCCAGAGGUUCCAGCAGGGAGAAUUGAAAUGGUAAAAGGAAUGGCAGUUAGGCACUUCCUUUUAGGUUUCAAAACUUGUUUGUAGGAAGGUCAUUUGAGCUAGGUCCCUUUAUUCAGAACAGCUUCAUCUCCAAAUGAUGUUUCUUGCUCAUGCUAAGCAGCGAUAUCUUAUUCACUUCUGCCAUAAUUUUAAACGUUCAACCUCAGUGCCGUAUUUAGGGAUCCAAGAUGAGAGUCACAUUGUCACUUCCUGAAUCAUAAAUCUCAUACAAUAAGUCAUUUUACUGAUUUGCCUGCUACAGGGUGUGUGUGUGUGUGUGUGUGUGUCAUAAUUUUCUUUUGAGGUGCCUCACCUGGGACUAUUUUUCUCCUCUCUGUGUCCCCUCUGGAACGUUGGUCAAAGAAUGCUCCAAAUAGGCUUUCAAUAUUUAAAAUCUACUUGCUAUAUCUUGAACGGGAACGUAGAGGAAGGACUGUGGCACAGUGGUAGAGUGUACACUUUGCAUGCGAAAGAUGCCAGGUUCAGUCCUUGUCAUCUACAGGUAGGGUUGGGAGAGACUAGCCAUCAAUCCUCUCCCCAGUAUUUGCCCUUUGCUGCUUCCAGCCUUCUCUCAAGCAAGGAUAUGGGAGCCAUCUGUAUGCCAUCUAGACUGGUAAGAGGACUUCUCCCCUCUGAGCUACAUUUGAGUAAGGCUCCUUGGAAUGCAGGAAGACCACAACUUUAUUGAGAUCAUUGAUCUCACUGGGGAUGACAUCACUGUAAUCGAUCUGACGGGGACUGAGGAUGACAUGAUCAGCCCUCUUCAUGAUAGUUGCAGUGCCAUUCAGGACCUGAAGCACUCUACUCCAGUCAGCAUGCACUCGGAGUGCUGUCCGAAAAUCCUCACCACUAAAAGCGCUGAGAACAAAGUUGAUGUGCCAAGCAGCAUGUGGGACAGAGACUGUGAGCUGCCUUCCCCCCAAGAAGAUGCUAUAAAGAAGCAGCCCUUAUUUCAAUGUAGCAGCUGCCCCAUCAUCCCCAGCUACGGUGGGGACUCUGAAAACAGCAGCCACACCACUUACAACAGUGAUCUGGGCUCCUUAGGAAGCCCCCAGGUGGGGUCUGAUGUUUUCUCCUUCUCUUCAACCCCCAACAGCAGUGAAUGUCAAGCCCCCUUGGACUGUGUGGAAGAGGUUCCUGGUGCUGGUCCGUCUGUGGAAGAGCCCAGCCCACAGCAUUCCCCACUACAUCAGAGACAUUCCCCAAGUCCCAUCCCCUCCUGUUCCCCAAUGAGCACAUCUCCAUCUCUAGCAGAAGCUAAUCAGCAUUUUCUAGAGGCAAAUAACCCAGCACCAAAUGCUGUAAAAUCAGAUGUUUGGGCGCCAACGAAGCAGAUCGACAUCAAGGUCUGGUUGAAAACAUUGCAGUACUUCCAGGGAGUUCCUGUACAUUACCCCUUUUUCCAAAAUGUGGUGCAGGAAAAAGAUGCUGAACAGAAGAAGCAGCCUAUCCCAUCCCGGAAACUAAGCAUGGUGUUCAGCACUAUCGAGGAGAAAUUCUUCCAGGGAACCUUGGACUUCCUUAUGGAUUAUGUAACCUCCCAGUACUACCCGCCAAAGGAGAUCACAUCGUGUGUGAUCAGGCAGAUUCUCUUGAGCUCAGAUCAACAAGAUGUGCAACAAGAGACACAGAAAGAUGCUUUUAUGUUGUUGAUGAAAAUCCAGUCACUUCAUCCAGCAAGGGCUGACACUGUGGUAUGGGACUGGCUGCUACUGCGAGUGGUAAUAGAAGAGCAGAAAGGAAAGUUUCCUGGGCGACUCCUCUUCUUGCAGUAUGUGAUCCAGACCUUGGAGGAUGACUUCCAGAGGAUGGCCAGAACAGGCACUCUGCACAAAUCCAUUGCCAAAGCAGUGCUUUCCUGUGACCAUUGCUUCGACAAUGUCAAGGAAGUGAUUGAAUGGCUAGUAGCUGCAGUUAUGGGUAUACGGGUUACGCAGUACAGAAGACACAUGCAGAAAACCAUUCCUUCACUAGAAACCUCCAGAGCCGUGAGCAGCAGCACUGUACCAGAAUUGCACUUAAACCAGACUGCACAAACCGAUGAUGUCAUUCCACGAUUUCAGUCCCAAACGGAGGUGGCGUUCCUGCAGAGGAUGCUUUCUAUAGCAAUAGAAGUGGACAAGUCUCCAAACUGCAGCACCAGUAAAAUUGUAGAUAAUGUGUUUUAUUCAUGGCUGAAUAUUCCCAAGCGCUGCCACAGGGAAGCCUUCCUAAGCAGUAUGGAAUGCCACCUCUUGCGCUGCAAAGUGUUAGAGCUAGUUUUCUACCACAGCUGCAGAGAAGCCCCUGAUCUGCGCCCCCUGUCCUUGAAAAAGAUACUGCAUUUUCUGAAACACUGUUCUCUGCAGCUGACAUACCAGGACAAUGAAGCAACAUGGCAGAGGUGGGAUGAGAUGCUUCACCAACUGACUUUAUUGUUGCUGAGCUACCGCCGAGUAGUCCUAGGGCACUUAAGAAGUUCUGUGUGUGAACGAGUAAAUUUGAUUAUCAAGGCUGCCAGACCCAAACUACAGAUCAGUGAUCUUGUUGAAAGAGAUUCUGUAGAGUGCGACAUGGAAGAUUUCCAGAAUAUUCUCUCUCUGACUCUGGGGCAGCCACUUCCCCAACCCAUAAAGGAAAAGACUGAGCUACUCCAAGAGUUGCUUCUCGCUGCUAUGAACUAACACAGGAAAUAUUGGAGAGCUGAAAUAUAGACUUCAAGUAUGAACAGCUGAGCACUGAAUUUUCAGAAACGAUCUUUAACAGUAACAUUAAACCCCCAUUUUGUAUUCAUCGGUGGACAAGAGGAGGUUGUACAACUUGAUCUUCGAUUUCUGUUGUAAUGCAGAUGUGUUAGUCUCUUUGUUUUGAGUUUCAUAUAGUUUUUAUAAUAAAUUAUUUUAUUAAG